AUGUCCCAAGCCACCAGCACGAAAUGUGCCUCGCGAUGGGUGACGCGCAUCAUCCCCCUCAUCAUCACUGGCACAAGCGGCUAUGCUACCUACGUGGUCGUGGCCUAUCUAGGCGUCGACUACCUGUAUAGAACCAGGGGUGAGCAUGGCGCCGCCAUUUCGACAAUCACCCUCUACCUCUUCUUCUACCUCCUUACGAUCGCCGCCUAUCUACGAACGUUCCUAAAAAUCAAAGCGGACCCUGGCUUGGUACCGCUCGGCCCACAGGCACAACAAGCAUCAAGAGAAUCGAACAAAAAGAGCAGGCGCAGAAAGGAAGGAGACUUGGAAAGUCAUCCUUACUUCACAGGCCCCGAUCAGGACCCGGACAGCCCCGGCUUGGAAGGAUUCUACAGCAAGGACGUAUUUGCAUGCGAGAGUGACGGACGGCCGAAAUGGUGCUCAGAGUGCCGCAAUUGGAAGCCCGAUAGAGCUCAUCAUUCGAGCGAGGUUGAGCGAUGCGUACGAAAGAUGGAUCACUAUUGCCCCUGGGUCGGCGGCAUGGUGUCGGAGACCUCAUUUAAGUUCUUUGCCCAGUUCACUUUCUACUGCGCUUGUUAUUGCGCAGUUGCGCUGGGCCAGACAGCCUACUGUCUAGCUUUACAGGUGCGCGAUGGGACUGUGGACGGGAGAACGAUCUCAGGCGUCGCCAUCGCAGGUUUCUUUGGACUUUUUACAUUCCUCAUGACUGCGACUUCUUGGCGGUUCAUUUUACUUAAUAUCACCAACAUCGACGCCCUUCGAAAGUCCUGGGUCCAUCAGCUCGCAAUCAGGGUACCAAACGAUACCCGGCCCGGAAAUAGCUACGGCUUGAUCACAUAUCCUCUACCAAAGUAUCCACAAGGGAUACCUACCUCCUCGGACGCCACCAUCGAUAGCGAAACUCCCCGCGAUAGACUAGCUACGCGCACCUUUGCCAUUGUCAGGACCGAACCAGACGAAAACCCGUGGGAUCUCGGGUACGCUAGAAACUGGACGUCCAUUAUGGGGUAUUCCUUGAUCGACUGGCUUUUGCCCAUACGCGGGUCACCAUGCGCCAAUCAUGACAGCAUGGAGAGUGACUACGAGAUGGGCCCGUUUAUACAAACGCUCAGAGAACGGCACGGUCUACCUGGCCCAAGUGGUUCAUCUGGCGGAAUGGAGAUGCAGGAGCUGAGAGAUAGCAAUCGUUGA